UCCGCCCACGGCGCGCGUCACGUCCACGGCCAGAGCGAGCAGAGUGGGACCCCGCAGCGUGUCGCUCGGUGUUCUCGACGGUUGCUGGGCGACGCGGAGCUGUUCGAUUCGACGCACUCCGCCUCAUGUGACCAUUUCCACGGCACUUGCGCGACACAUUUGGAGCGAUGAGAGCCAUCGUGGGGUUGGCGCACUACGUGGGACUUUACCUUCAACUUCACGCAGCUCUCGUCGCUGGACACGUUGAGCUGGAGAACCAUUUAUCUGCUAAUGCUCUUUUCACAGAAGUACCCCACGACGUCUCGACACAGAGCGGCGUAGAUGUCGAGAUGGCGUGCUCUUUCCGCGGGGCAGGUUCGCCUUCCUCCUUGGAGAUCCAGUGGUGGUACGUCAAGGACCACCGGGACUGGCUUAAGGAGCCUCCUCAGAUCACAAAUGAUGUCGUACCUUUGGAGAAGACCUUCAAAGACGCCACUAAAAUCAGUGUGGUGAAAGUGGCCGGCAGUAACAUUUCCCACAAGCUGCGCCUGUCCAGCGUCAAACCUUCCGACGAGGGCACGUACGAGUGCCGCGUCAUCGACUUCAGCGGCUCCGAGGUGCAGCACCACCGCGUCCGGGCCUACCUCCACGUGGAGCCCCAUCGAGGCCCCGGCGUCCGAGUCCCCGCAUCGGAGCGUCGGCCGGACGACGACGAGGUCCGCCCGCAUAAGCACGACCGCCGUCACAGGAAAGCGGAGGAAUACUGACUGCGCGGCGUCUGCCAGUUAGCCUGCAUGUUGACGAGCGGCGAGGAGAGGCCGUCAUCUUCACUGUGAUGGUGAGGCGGCGUUCGCUGCGGCUUUGUACUUCCAUCUGCUCUGUAUGCUUUGUCAAUUCCAGGAAGGACUAUUGAGUCUGCACAUAAGUGUAUUCAUGCAUUGUGACAAUGUGAAUAGAGCCAUUUAGCAUUGUUGGAAUGUGUUGCUACGCUACAUGUGCAGAGGGAUGCACAAUAUACACGAAUAAUGACAUCCCUGCAAUAAAGGGGCUCUAUCUAGAAUUGUUGUCUUGUGAUAUUAAACCGCUUUCAUUUUGUCCAAAACCUUAACACGUUUUCCACAAAAGACAUGCAACAGUAACUCAAGUAUUUCUAGCAUGUUUUUUUUUUUGUUUUUUUUAAUAUAACACACAGCUCUCUAUGUGAAUGUGAUGGCAGUUUAAUAAAAACUUGUAUUGUGCCAA